GGAGCCUGGUGGCUCUGGUCUCCCCUGGGGGCGCGGGAGGUCCAGCCAUGCCCCUCAGGAACGAUGCCAUUCCCCUCGUGAAGGAGCCCUUACCCCCACCGCAGGCCCCUCUUCCCUGGAUCCUCCCGAGCCUGUUUGCGGCCUUCAAUGUGGUGCUGCUGCUGGUUUUCAGCGGCCUCUUCUUUGCAUUCCCUUGCAGGUGGCUGGCCCAGAACGGGGAGUGGGCCUUUCCCAUCAUCACGGGGCCCCUCUUUGUCCUCACCUUCUUCAGUCUCCUUUCACUCAACUUCUCAGACCCUGGCAUCUUACAUCAAGGCUCCAACGAACAGGGACCCCGGGCAGUGCAUGUGAUCUGGGUGAACCAGCAGGCCUUCCGCCUGCAGUGGUGCCGGCAGUGCUGCUUCCACCGCCCGCCCCGGACCUACCACUGCCGCUUGUGCAACAUCUGCGUGGAGGAUUUUGACCAUCACUGCAAGUGGGUCAAUAACUGCAUCGGGCACCGCAACUUCCGCUGCUUUAUGCUGCUCGUGGUGUCCCUGUGCCUCUACUCGGGCGCCGUGCUGGCCACCUGCCUGAUCUUCUUGCUGCGUCUGACCCCAGAGACCCCUUACAUAGACAAGGUCACCGCCAUCGUGGUGGCUGUGCCCGCCGCCUGCUUCCUGGUGCCGCUCUGCCUGCUGCUGCUGGUCCAGGCCCUGUCCGUGAGCGCGGCCGAGCGCUCCUGCGAGGGCAAGCGCCGAUACCUGUGGGGAUACAACCCCUUUGACCAGGGCUGCGCCAGCAACUGGUAUUUAGCAAUUUGUGCACCGCUGGGACCCAAGUACAUGGCCAAAGCUGUCUGGCUGCAGCGGGUGGUGGAGCCGGACUGGGUGUUCAUGCAGAACCUGCAUUGCCCAACCUGCCCCUCUGCACUCAGCCCCUCAGUCGUCCCUGGACCUGCGUCUGGCCACCAGCCCCAACCUCUGGCUCCCCACAGACCAGGAAAUGCUCCCCCCGGGAGUGGGGAGGUGGCAGCCCUCCAGGAGGCCCAGUGCUGCCCCUGCCGCGGGAGGCCCCCAGAUGAGGCGUGCCCCUUCACACCCAGCGAUGCCCGAUGCCAGGAGUCCCUGCCCCCGAACCUCACCUCCUGAGCCCCGCCCUUGGUGGGAAUUCCAAGACCAUUCCCCCCCGCCCCCGCCCCCACCAAAGCCCAUUAAACACUCUUUUCCUGCUGUACAACUGCCCUGCUGCGUGUGUCUGUCCUGGGUGUGAGGGGCUGGGACAAAGACCCUGGGAGGGAGGAAGGCCCAACACUAGUUGGCUCUGUGACCUUGGGCAAGACACUCAGAUUUCUCUCGUUCUUAAAACGGGGCCAACCAUAAAAGCCACAGUAGCUGUCCUGGCCGCCGGCCUCCAAGGGGAAACCCCCACACUGUCAGGGAGGUCAGCCUCGGGAGAGGUCCGGCCCCGCCCUGCCACACCGCCGUCUGGCUGCAGGGGGCGCCCGCUGCCUGGGAAUUCGCCAAGCCGGACCUGGCCCAACCCGAGGCCUUGGAGCCACCUGGGUGGGUGGGGCUGGUCCUCGGUCUGGGAGUGGGCCCUCCGGAUCCUCAUCCCUGGAGGUGGAGAGUGGGGGUCUCCACCAUGGUCCGGCCCUGCUUCUUCCUGCUAGCGGGUCUCACCUUGGUCCCCCCUUCUGGGUAGUCAGGUCCUGUUCCUGCGGAGGCCCCAGGCCCUGGGAGCCCGCAGGCCCCUUGAGGGGGUGGUGUAUGCGGGAGUCCACAGGAGACUGCGGCUCCUCUGGGAAAUAAUGGCACCUUCCUGAAAGGUGGUGGGGCUGGAGGAGUGAGGUGGUUCCUGCAAAACAGGUGGCACACAGUAGGCGCACAGUGAACGCAGCAGUAUGAUUGUCGUUAUUUUCUCCACCACACAGCUAACAACGCCCAGGGUUUCUCCAAAGACCACCUUCUCAGAAUUACCUGGGCCC